CUCUCUCUCUCUCUCUCAACCUUUCCUCAAAACCCUCACUUUUCUCCAUCUCUUUGCUCUUAUUCCACUCCUCCGACGCGCUUGCUUUCGUUCUCUCCAGAGAAACAGAGAAGAAGGCGUUGAGAAGAGAUCUUCAAGAAGGGCUCUUUCAUCUCCUUCUCUCUCUCUCUCCUCUCUCUCAAGAAUGGCGCAUCUCUUUGGGGGAGGCGCAGUUGCUUCUCGCCGGGAAUCCGGUGGCGGAUCGCACCGUUUCUCGGCCUCCGCCGUAGCUGCUGCACCGCCGGACUUGGCGUCUCCUUUUGGUGAACUUGGUUGUGGAUUAUCAGAUCCGGAGCUCCGUGAGACUGCUUAUGAGAUCUUUGUCUCCGCUUGCCGUUCCACUAGCUCUAAGCCGCUUACCUACAUUCCGCAGUCCGAGCGCACCGAUCGCUCGCCUUCUCCGUCGCCGUCGUUGACGACAUCGCCGUCACUGCAGCGGUCGCUAACGUCCACAGCGGCGAGCAAGAUGAAGAAGGCUUUGGGGUUAAAGCCGUCGAAGAAGAGCCCCGGGAAGGAGGGAAGCCCUUCGAAAGCGCCGAAGAGGCCGGCUACGAUCGGGGAGCUUAUGAGGGUUCAGAUGAGGGUUUCGGAGCAGACGGACUCGCGGAUCCGGCGUGGGUUGCUCAGGAUCGCCGCCGGGCAGCUCGGAAAGCGUGUAGAAUCCAUGGUUUUGCCUUUGGAGUUAUUACAACAAUUCAAAGCAUCAGAUUUCCUUGACCCGCAAGAAUAUGAAGCAUGGCGAAAUAGAAAUUUAAAAGUUCUUGAGGCUGGGUUACUGGUAUAUCCUCAUAUUCCUCUCGAUAGGGGAGAUGCUUCACAAAGACUUCGGCAAGUCUUACGUGGAGCCUCAGAAAGACCAUUGGAAACUGGAAAGAAUUCCGAGUCUAUGCAAGUCUUACGAAGCGCCAUUAUGUCUCUAGCGUGCAGAUCUUUUGAUGGGUCUGCUGAUAUCUGCCACUGGGCUGAUGGGAAUCCUCUCAAUUUACAUUUGUACCAGAGACUGUUAGAAGCUUGCUUUGUUAGUGGAGAAGAGGGAUCCAUUAUUGAAGAAAUUGAUGAAGUAACUGAAUUGAUCAAAAAGACCUGGAUAAUCCUAGGAAUAAACCAGAUGCUGCACAAUCUUUGUUUUUUGUGGGUUUUGUUUCACCGUUUUGUUACAACUGGUCAAGUAGACACUGAUCUGCUAUUUGCUGCUGAUAACCAAUUAAUAGAAGUUGCAAAGGAUGCUAAAGCAACAAAAGAUCCUGCAUAUGUAAAGAUACUGAGUCCAACUCUGAGCUCAAUAAUGGGGUGGGCAGAGAAGAGACUUCUUGCAUACCAUGAUACAUUUAAUCCUAGUAACAUUGAUUCCAUGCAGAGUAUUGUCUCCUUAGGGGUAUCAGCUGCGAAGAUCUUAGUGGAAGAUAUCUCUCAAGAGUACCGUCGGAAGAGAAGGGAAGAAGUGGAUGUUGCUCGAACCAGGAUUGAAACCUACAUUAGAUCAUCACUUCGCACUGCUUUUGCUCAGAGGAUGGAAAAAGUAGACUUGAGCAGGCGUUCAUCUAGAUCUCAAACAAUUGCUCCCAUUCUUUCCAUCCUUGCAACGGACAUUGAUGAUUUAGCAAGCAAGGAAAAAGAGGUUUUCAGUCCAAUACUGAAAAAAUGGCAUCCUUUAGCUGCUGGGGUUGCUGUGGCUACUCUUCAUGCUUGUUACGGGAAUGAGCUAAAGCAGUUCAUCUCCGGUGUCAUGGAGCUCACACCAGAUUCCGUUCAAGUACUUAAAGCUGCAGACAAGUUAGAGAAAAAACUUGUGCUGAUUGCUGUUGAAGAUUCUGUUGACAGUGAUGAUGGCGGCAAGGCAAUUAUUCGUGAAAUGCCUCCAUAUGAGGCAGAUUCUGCUAUUGCCAAUCUUGUGAAGUCAUGGAUAAAAACCAGGGUGGAUAGACUAAAGGAGUGGGUCGACAGGAAUUUACAACAAGAGAGUUGGAACCCAAAAGCAAAUAAGGAAAAUUUUGCUCCAUCAGCUGUUGAAGUUCUGAGGAUGAUUGAUGAGACAUUAGAUGCAUUUUUCCAGCUGCCUAUACCAACUCAUCCAGCCUUACUUCCAGAAUUGCUUAUUGGGCUUGAUAGAAGUUUGCAACAUUAUGUUUUGAAGGCAAAGGCUGGAUGUGGGAAUCGAAAUACCUAUGUUCCUGCAUUACCUCCAUUGACACGGUGUGAGAUUGGUUCCAAAUUAUGGAAGAAAAAGGAUAAGUCACAAAAUGUACCGAAAAAGAAGUCGCAGGUAGGGACAACAAACGGAAAUGAUCUGUUCGGUGUACCACAGCUAUGUGUGCGCAUGAAUACCAUACAUCAUAUCAGAAUAGAGUUGGAGAACUUGGAGAAGAAGAUAAUAACUUGCUUAAGGAAUGUUGAGUCUGCUCAUGCUGACAUUUCAAAUGGAUUGGAUAUCAACUUUGAGCUCACUCUAGCAGCUUGUCAAGAAGGAAUCCAACAACUCUGUGAAUCUACAGCGUAUAAGGUGAUAUUUCAUGAUCUAAGCCACGUUUUGUGGGACGGAUUGUAUUAUGGAGAGAUUGCUUCUUCAAGAAUAGAACCUCUGCUAAGGGAACUGGAACCAAUGUUGGAAAUGAUAUCCACUACCGUGCACGAUAGGGUGCGAAGUCGCGUUAUAACAGCGAUGAUGAAAGCCUCAUUUGAUGGGUUUUUGCUAGUUAUCCUUGCUGGUGGCCCAUCUCGAGCAUUCUCUCGGCAAGAUUCACAGAAAUUAGAGGAAGAUUUCAUGUUUCUUAGAGAGCUCUACUUGGCUGAUGGCGAUGGGUUGCCAAGGGAAUUAGUUGAGAAGGCUUCAGCCCAAGUAAAGAAUGUGCUACCGCUUUUCCGUGCUGAUACUGAAGGCCUUGUUGAGCGAUUCAAGCAUAUCAUCUUAGAGACCUAUGGUGCUGCUGCCAAAUCCAGGUUUCCUCUACCUCCGACUUCCGGGCAAUGGAAUCCCAACGAAGCCAGUACGAUUCUCCAUGUUCUAUGCCACAGAAAUGAUGACACUGCAUCCAAAUUCCUGAAGAAAACAUACAACCUUCCGAAAAAGCUGUAGGGCUUUCUUAUAUGUUUGUGUAUCUAUACAAAAAUAGUAACUCAGAUCAUCAGGGUGCUCCGCAGAGCUUUAUUGGUCUUGAGAAUCCACCAUGUGUAAGCAUCACUCUUGACAUGAAAACUCAUCUUGAUGCGAGCCUUUGUGUAGUUGACCCCUGGUGAUUUUUACAUAACUGAUGCGCUUGACGUGAUCUUCGGUAUCAGAGUUUGCUGUGUGGUUGUUGUGAUGUCUGAUGGAAGAAAAAGAUAGAAGAGUAUCCUUGAUAUUAUCUGCAGCCUUGGUUUAUCUUGACAUAGAUGUUGUUACCCCCCGUUCCAAGUCUUAGAUGCGUUCUUUGGGUUUGUUUUGUCUCAAUGUUUGAGCAGUUUCUUUUAUUUCUUUUGUUUUAAUUCUAUUUCUUAUCACUAGCUAUAUUGUAUGUGUUUAAAAGAGUGAAAGAAAUGAGUUGUGAAUAUUCUUUACCA